AUGUUGAAAACUAGAGACGGUCUCGCCUGGAGUGGGACAGCGCUGGGAAAGAAGGCUGUGCGGCUUCUGGUCGCAUCUAUACUCAUUGUCGGCUUUACCGUUUUUCUCUGGCCAGAUACCUUCCUCGGAGGUACACAGAUCCAGCUCGCCCCGAACAUAACCGUGUCAACAAGCAUCGCCUGCGAUGUCGAUGUCGCAAGGCUAGCCCGACUUGGUGUGCACAAGCUUUCCAAAUUCACCCAGCGGGAGGUAGUCGCCUUGCCAUCUCGGGCCAAACUACCCAUCACGCAGAAACUCGACUUUCCAUUAUGGGAGACUAGCUGGAUGAAACGGUCGGAUCAGGGCCAGGACCAGGAUCAAGACGAGGUCGAUUAUUCUCCGAAUGGAUGCUUAAACCCCAAUCCUAUCGCAUUAGAGUUCCCUGAGCCGCCGAAAAGAGCGGACGCCUCACACAUUGAUUUCGGUGUUGCCACGACGGUGAAACGGCUGAAUGACUCGCUAGACGCCUUUUCCCACUGGGCCGGGUACACUAACACGCGGAUCUUCGCGCUUCUCGAGCCCGGCCAGUAUAUUCCCGAGGUACAGGCUCGCGCGGAUGCAAUGGGGAUCGACCUGUACAUCUCGGAGUCGUCAGAGGAGUAUAAUAAGCGGUACUUCUCGCUCAUCCCGUUACUGCACAAAAACCAGCGGCCGGAGACGCGCUGGGCGUGCAUCAUCGACGACGACACAUUCUUCCCGUCGAUGAGUGCGCUGGUGGAUGCGCUGGCGGGUUACAACGACACGGCGCCCAUCUACCUAGGUGGCGUAUCGGAGAGCAUCCGACAGAUCGCAACGUUCGGCAUGAUGGCGUAUGGGGGCGCGGGCGUCUUCCUAUCGCGCCCGCUACUUGAAGCCCUCAAUACGGCGUACCCGGAGUGCCAGUUUAUGGACACGACGGGCGACAAGAAGAUCUCAAAGUGCAUCUACCAGAACACCGCCGUACGGCUGACGAUCGACCACCGGCUCCGCCAGCUCGACAUGAUGGGCGAUGUCUCGGGUUUCUUCGAGGCCGGUCGCCCUUUACCUCUAUCCCUUCACCACUGGAAAUCCUGGUUUCAUGCCGACAUGGCCAAACUCAGCGUCGUGGCCGACAUCUGCGGCGACUCGUGCCUCCUCCACCAGUGGCAGUUCACCGACGGCUGGAUCCUCACCAACGGCUUCUCCAUCAUCCACCGCGGUACAGACCUCGCCCCCAACGACCACAGCAUAGAAGACACCUGGGAUAGCGACCAGGACGAUGCUUCCCAGGAGGCCUUCCUGCACGAGCUCGGACCCCUGCGUGGCAAGGACACCAGCAAAGUCAGCUACCUGCUGCAGGACGCCUUUCUCGACCACCACGACGGCUCCGUUCACCAGUGGUACAUCCGUAGGGAUCCCUCGCGAGGCGCCGAAAUCCUAGAGCUGAUCUGGCGGCCAUGA